CGUCGACUGUUGACUUCUAGGACUGAACAGAAAACGAGAAGAAAUCUUUAAAACGUGUAUUUUUGAGCAACUGAAGUUGUUUCCCAUAAUUAGUGGGAUACAUUUCUUUAAAUAUCAAUAAUGUCUGAAGAAUCUGAGGAUACAGAUGUCUUUGAGAUUACAGACUUCACUACAGCUUCAGAAUGGGAGAGAUUCAUAGCACGAUUGGAACACAUAUUACAUGACUGGAAAUUGAAUAAUAUCCCACAAAGUGUUCAAUUGAAGAAAGAAGCAAAUGAACAUUGGGUGGAGAGACAAGAGAGCAUUCAGUUUGCAAACUUCAAAUUCAUUAUUUCUGAACAUAAAGCUGUCUCUGAUGGACAGGCAGAAGAUGUUCCUUCUGGAAAAGAAGAUAAAGCAGAAACAGAAGAUCGGUUGCCGCAAGCAAUGGAGGACAUGAUGACUAUGGAUUGUGAUUUUCCACCAAGAGCUCAUUGUCUAUGUAGAUGGUAUGGAGUACGUCAUUUUGUUGUUCUAGCGCCCUCGGCUAAAAGUGAUGCCAUUAGCAGUGAAAGCAAAUGUAAUCUUUUGCUCAGUUGUGCCACAGUAGCUAUCAACAAUACAAAUUGUAAAGUUCCAGUAUUUGCUCAAAUUCAACAGAAAUGGAGACGUAUGUAUACUGGUGUGUGCGAAGCUCCUGGUGUUCGUACAACCUUUGACAUGGUUCACCUGAUGAAAGCACCCCCACAAUACAACCACUUAGAAGGACUGCUCAGUAUAUUCAGAUCAAAAAUUGCUGGUACUGUGAAUCUACCUCAUGUUAGUGUGUCAGUAAGGUUUACUUACGUUCUUCAAGACUGGACGCACUACUCUGCAUGGCCCCAACAACCACCAGAUAUUGAGCAAAUUGACAGUGAGAAUGAUGUAUCUAUAGGCUAUGCUGGUUGUAAAGACCUGCCAUUUGGUGCUAUAGAAGAUCCUAUACGUGAAUUCCAUCUCUACACUACAUGGCCUUGCUUUAAUGAAGACAUGAUUGUUGAUAACAAUUCCUUCUCUGACCUUGACCCUCUACGUGCACCUGUCUGGUCUGUUCGGGUCAGAAUGGUGGAUGAUCCAGAAUGCCUUCUAGCUGAUUACCUUUUAGAAUUUGAAAAACUUUGCAGCCGUAGAGAAUCAACAGAACAAUUACUAGGUAAAGCUUACCAAGAAGAAAGUGAAGGGAAUAUUGGACAAGCUCUACAGAGGCUUACCGACCCUGGAAUGAUGUUUAUACCAAAGAUCUCAACAGUAGUGAGUAGAUCAAAGACAAGGAGAAAGAGGAGGAGAAAAACAGAGAAUAAUGAACCAGAACCCUUACCUAAUGAUCUUCUUAAUGAAAUAUUGUCAUUUCUCUUUCCUGAUGAAGAUGAGAAAGAAGAAUCAACAUCAGAUGACCAAAUUUCUGAUGAUCAACAAGAAAACAAGGAAAAAUAUCGUCACUUUAAGACAGCACCUGAGGGAAGUUUAGUUUAUAAACUUGCCGUGUGUAUGUGUAUUGUGAACUAUAACCAUGGUGGAAUGAAAGCAGCAGCUCAUCUAUGGCAUGAGUUUUUAUUAGAGAUGAGGUAUAGAUUAGAAAGCAAUACACUAAUAUCAGGGCUAAAAUCAGGAUCACCUAAUCUUGGAUAUUGUUUGCUUCAUCAGAAACUUCAAAUGUUGAAUUGUUGCAUUUCACGGAAAAUGGCAAGAGAGAGGAGAUUAAAACAGACAAACCAUCAAGCUUCACAGGACCAGAACAGUUCAUCAGAACAAAGAGCCGAUGAUAAUGAACCAAGAUCUAGUCAUACGCUUGAUAUAGAAGAAUCGCAAUGCAGUCUGACGACAAGUAAUAAAACCGAUAGCGACAGUGACGAUGAAUUUUUUGAAUGUGAUGAUGAUAGUAUUAAACAUUUUGAUGAGGUUACAACCGCAAUAACUGAAGUGUCAUCCGAAACAGAUGAUGGUAAGAGCGGUACGGCGGAUGCCAUUAGAAACUCACCCGAUGAAGAGACAUCGAGUCCACUUGACUCUAAGGGCUUUGUAGAUUCUGUCGCACACCAACCUGAGGGCAGGCUUCGACAAUGUGAAGACUUAUUACUGCAGAAUAGCGAUGAAGCAUUGUUCAUUCCAAUCACUCAGGAUCCAGCCCCAAUGACAGAGGACAUGCUUGAGGAGCAUGCUGAGAUCCUUGCUAAGCUUGGUACAAGCAGUGAAGGAGCUGAGUUGAGAGCCAGGAUGCAGAGCGCCUGCUUACUCUCAGACAUGGAGUCGUUUAAGGCUGCAAAUCCAGGAUGUGUGUUAGCUGAUUUUGUGAGGUGGUAUUCUCCAAGGGACUGGAUUGAGGAGGUUAAUGAUGAUGGUGUUGUAAAGGGUCAGCUGAGUCAACGAAUGAAGAUUGCUGGUAAUACAUGGCAAGAAGUUUGGGGCCAGGCAAAACCCUGUCCUGCUUAUCGACAAAGAAGGUUAUUUGAUGACACAAAAGAAGCUGAGAAAGUUCUGCAUUUUUUAAGUUCGUUGACGAUGGGUGAUUUAGCACUACACUUGAUGCCUGUGCUUAUUCAUGCUGCACUCAAACGAGUUGAGCAAGCAGAGAUGAAGAACCUUCCAGUGUUGAGGACCACCAUUGAACAGAUAAUCUCAUCAGCUUCAAAAACUACUCGCAGUGCCUCUCAAGAAAUCAUUAAAUAUCAGGAGCUGAUAAAGCAAGUAAGGCUGGUGGAAACAGUAAUUGCUCGGUCAGAAUCUUUAAAAACAAAGUUCAGCUCACAGGCAACUGGUAGCAAGAAUCAAACUGAGAUGGACACGUUUGUGUCUAGCCUCCUGGAGCACCCUGAGGUGCCUGUCAUCGGGGCUGCUAAGGGACCUGCUGGGUCACUCAUUAAAAAGCUGUUCAUUGAGGCACACAAGGCUUACAGGUUGGCAGAGAAUGGUGAUGAAGGAUCCUCCUCUACUCACAAUUCCUCUAAAUUUCCAAGACCAGCUGGUAGAGAGUUUAUACUGCGGACCACAGUUCCUCGACCAGCACCAUACUCAAAACCAACUCAUCAACGAAUGUUUUGUGUCUUGAUGCAAGAUGAAUUCAGGGUUGCUGGUGCCUUCUCAGAGGACACAUCAUUCCAGUAGAUUAGAAAAUCCAUCUGCUGCCCUCUACUAGGGUCAGUGGAACUUCAUUUUAUGAUUGUCUCACCACCAAUAACAAAAAGUCACUAAAAAUGAAUUAAUGUUCUAGAGUAACUGAUAAUUCUAAUGUGUAUUAUUGUUUGAACAAUGAAGACAACUCAGUAACAACAAAUUAUGUUAAUUCUUUUGUUUUAUUAGCAAUUGGAAUGCUUGUCCCAAUUUUUGAAAGAAUUAAAUUCACUGAUCAAAAGAUACAAUACAGAAAUAAUACAAUAGAAUAAAAAAACCUUUGAAUGUGGGUUGAGGUUUAGAAAUGAAGAGAAUACUUUCCUCACUUUCAUAGAUAAUUAAUAUAAUAUGUUUGCAACCUCUUCAAUUUCUGGAAAACAAAUUCAGUUAACACCAAAGUUUAAAACUAUCCACAAAUAACAUAAUACACUUAACUCAAGCAAUGUCUCAUUAAUAUUUAACCUACUCCUAACAUAAGUCUAUUUAUAAUUAAAUAAAAUAUUUAGUUAAUAAUUCAUGUAAGGUUUUCCAAAAAUAUCAAUACAAUAUAUUUUAUCCAUUGUUGUUGAAAUGAGGGCUGGCUUAUUGGCUGAAAGGUCCUGCAAAGGCACUUGAGUAAUACAUAUUUGCUUCAAAGUAAAAAUUCCACACUGUCAAGUUUUAUGUGACUUGCCCAUAUUUGGGUGUGAUAUGACAACAUCAUGACCAUACAUGGAACAGGUAGUAUGAACAGAGGUUUUAGGCAUGCCAGCAUAUUAUUGUAAAUUAUAGAUUUUAAAAAUCAUGUCCUAAUCUAUGCAUGGAUUAAAAUAGGUUGAUAAACAAAUU